AUGCAUCUUUUGUGCUUCAUAACCAUGGCCAUGCUGGCCCUAUGGCAUUUACAACUCUCAACAUGUGAUGACAUUACGCUAACCCAACAAUCGACACAAACACAAUCUGGAGGCUUACAACAAUCGCAACAGAAUCCAAAUGGACCCGGUGUGAUGAGUUCAAAUACCCUAACGUCCGGACAAAAUAUAGGCUUAGUUAAUAGUAAUCAUCAGCAACAACAGCAGCAGCAACAACACCAUCAGCAACAGCAAACGCAUACAAAUCUUAAUCAGCUGGCCGGUAACAGCUCUCUUCUCAAUUCCCUUAUGAAUGCCAAUGGAAACGUAAAUGGUCUACAAGGCCUAUCACCAUCGUUAAGUGGCGUUCUAAGUUCCAUGGGUAGUGGCGGUAUUAUUGGCCACUCCGGUGGUAGCUCUAUGAGUUCUCAUGGUCUUGGUGGUGGCAUGGGUAUGGGUGGUGGUGGCGGCGGAGGAGGUAGCAGCGGUGGUCAUCAUGGCCAUGCCCUAGCCGGUUUGGCAAAUUUAGGUAUUAUUGUGCCAGGGCAUCGUCCGGGAAUUACUACCAGCGAUUCAGGAGGACGUUAUGGUCCGCCCUAUAUGGGUGCAGGCAACAUGGAUGGAAAUAGUAUGCAACAAGGCGGAAGCAGCAGUAGUCUUGGCGGUUCACAAUACUACGAACAGGAACAUUUCAUAUCGGAACACACGGUUAUGGCCGUCUUUACGUCACAAGGACAAGUGGGUGGUCCCUGCCGUUAUAUGCCAGCAACACGAAGACAAAAUCAUCAAUGCCGUAAAGAAUUCGGUUUACCCGAUACCAUACGUGAAGCUCGGCGACUGGCCACCACACACUGUGAAGAUCAGUUUCGUUAUGAUCGGUGGAAUUGUUCGAUUGAAAUACGUGGCAAACGGAACAUUUUCAAAAAACUCUAUAAGGAAACGGCAUUUGUACAUGCGUUAACAGCUGCAGCUAUGACACAUUCCAUAGCGCGUGCCUGUUCUGAGGGACGUAUGACCAAGUGUAGCUGUGGACCACGUAAACACAAUCGUCCGGAUCAGACAUUCGAAUGGGGUGGCUGUAAUGACAAUUUGAAACAUGGCAAGCGGGUGACACGUAGCUUUUUAGAUUUGCGCGGUGGAGAAAGUGAUGAGGUGACAGAGAUAUUACGACAUGAUUCUGAGGUCGGUAUUGAAGCUGUCUCCACAAUGAUGAAGGACAAAUGCAAAUGCCAUGGUGUUUCGGGUUCAUGCUCCAUGAAAACCUGUUGGAAAAAAUUGGCCGAUUUUAAUGCCACAGCCACUUUGCUAAGACAGAAAUACAAUCAGGCAAUACGAAAGGCACCCAACACACGCACAAUAAGAAGAGAGGCUACAUCGAGUCGUGGCAAAAAGCCCAAGCAACGAAGAAAGAAACAACAAUCGCAAUAUACCACCUUAUACUAUUUGGAGACAUCACCCACAUAUUGUUCCGUCACCAAGGAUCGCCAGUGUCUGAAUCAAGACAAUUGUGCGAAUCUUUGCUGUGGGCGUGGCUAUGUAACGCGCGUCUUCAAACAGGUGGAGAAAUGUCGUUGCCGCUUCAACAAUGGACGCUGCUGCCAAUUGAUUUGUGAUUAUUGUCAACGCUACGAGGACCGAUACUUUUGUAAAUAGAUUGAUUUUAGGUUUUAAAAUAAA